UAGGCCUGUUGCUUUUCUCCGCGCAUCGAUUACCCAGGUCUGGCCCGGACCGGAAGUGAAAGUAGAAUAUCGCGUCCAAGAUGGUGGCCACCAGAAGAGGAGCAUACGCGGACUCUGCCCCUAAAAGAGCGGAGGAAAAGCAGUCAGUUGUCCAGGCCACGCCCUCUACCGCCCGAAGAACCAGGAGGGCUCAGCAGGAGGAAUGCCAGCAGACCCUCACAGAGACCUCCAGCCAGCUGGAGAAGAACAAAGGAGAAUCCCUAGAUACUCCUGCCACCUCCAACAAGAGGAGAGGCACCAGAGCCUCCAGAUUCCACAGCCCAGAGAAGCCCUGCACUCCAGUGGGCUCCGACCAUGAAGAGGAGACGUCUGACGUGGAGUCCCUCUGCUCUGCGCUGUCGGACUCCGAGCCGCCAGUAACGCUGACCAGAGCGAGGACGAGAGCGCUUCUUGAGAAGGAUCAGGACCAUGAGACGUCCGAGGUGGAGUCGAGCUCGUCUGCUGUGUCUGCAGCCAGACCUGGACUUGGCAGCAGACGGAGCACAAGAAGAAAGCCGGCUCAGACAUCUGGCUCGGCGAAAGCAGCAGACGGCAAAGAGGAAAUGGCACCGAGAGCCGAGUCCGGAUCUCAGAGAGUUACAAGAAGUCAGAGGAAAUCUGCUCACACCCGAUCAUCUGCAAGGCGACACAUCGAAGACUCCGAGCUCUCAGAGGCCGAGAGCGGCACAUCCAGCAUCUCAGGACGAAGGCUCAGGAGGCAACUCCGUCCUAUUCCCAUCCACCUGGACGAGCUGUCCGAAAGCUCCCAGUCCCCCACCAGGACGACUCGACGAAGCAAACCAACAAGAGGGAAAGCAGCUUUGACUGGGAACGAAGAUAAGAAAUUAUAUUGCGACUCUGACGGGUUUGAGUCUGGGCCCACCUACAGUCUGAGCACCAGAACCCAGUCUGCUGUGUCUAAAUCCACUGUGGAUUCAGAAUCUGAGGAGGUGGAAGCAAAUUCAUCAGCGGGAAGCAAAGAGUCCAGCAGUCGGAGAGCUCCUACAUCCAGACAGUCCACAAAGCCCAGCAGCUUCGUUUUAGAAAAAAGUGAAGAAGCAGCUGAAGAGGAGAGCUUGUUGAAUGAUUCUAAGUUAGAAAGCACCGUGAUUGGAGAGGAUACAGACUGCACUCUGGUAGAGGAAGAAACGAUCCAAACAUCUGGAGAACAGGAAAGCUUGGAGUUCACUUCCAGUGGAGCUGAUGAGGAGAAAGCAGAAAAGGAGAAAAUGGAUCCAUCAGAAGAUGUGGAGCUCCCUGGGUCAGUGUGUGAUGAGAGUGAGCCUGCAGUGAUCACCAAAGACCUGCAGGAGGAGCUGUCUCAUGAUAGCAAAGCUGGAGAGGCCUCAGAGAUGGAGAAGAUGCAGGAAACGGUACCACCAUCAGAGCCAGAGCAGAGUCUUCAGUCUGCUCCAGUAAUAAGAGAAAUGGACUCUGACAUGGCAGAGAGGGAGGAGAAGCAGGAAGCUGCAGGGAUCCAUCCCACCCCGGCAGACGAGCCUCUGAAGGAGGAAACCAGGCCCAGUGAGGAGGAAAAACUGGAGGUCCAGGUGACGGCGAGCCAGAAGGCAAAGGUCACGGUAGAGUCUGACUCGGAGCAGAAAUCUAAGGACAUUGUUGUCCAGAAAAAGAAAACAAUCAGCCUGCUAGACAGCAGCGAUGACGAAGAUGACUUUGAUGACGAAGACGAUUCGGGGAGCAGAGAGGAAAGACGAAGAGAGCCUUCCAACAUGUCCGAGGCAGCCUCGACGUCCGCGGUGGAGGGUCUGUUUAUGAUCGACACUCGACCCGGACAAGAUGCUGACCAGCAGUACUUCAGAGAGGAAGAGGACGCUGUGGAUAAAGGAGCUGAAUCUGAAGAUGAAGAGUUCAUCGACGAAGAGGGGGACGAGGAUGAGGACGAGGAUUCAAAAGUCUUGUUCUCCAGCAGAAGCUCUCAGUUGACAGAGAUGUCCAGCCGUAUUGACCCCGGCAUCAGGGUGAAGGAGCUCGGGGGUUUAUACAUCAGUUUCGAUGGCAGCAAAUCAAAACCCGUCUCCAGCUUGCUGCAAAAACUGAAGGAAAAGAAGAGUGUGGGUGAGGUGAUGAAGAAGAGCGUGAUCGGCCCGGACUUUGAGAAGAAGGAUGCAGUGCCUCCCUACAGUGAAUCUAAACAAGCCUUAAAGUUGAAACACAGAGCAGAGAGGGCAAAAUCAACGGGAGACGGUUGGUUUGGUAUGAAAGCUCCAGAGGUUACCCAGGAGCUGAAAGGGGACCUUCAGGUCCUGAAGAUGAGAGGCUCCCUGGAUCCCAAGAGGUUCUACAAGAAGAACGACAGAGAUGGCUUCCCCAAAUAUUUCCAGGUGGGCACCGUGGUGGACAGCCCCGUUGAUUUCUAUCAUUCCCGUAUUCCUAAGAAAGAGAGGAAGAGAACCAUGGUGGAGGAGCUGCUGCAUGAUGCCGAGUUCAGGCAAAAGAAUAAAAGGAAGUACCAGCAGAUUAUAGCAGAGAGAGCAGCACAACGAGCUGGGAAGAGGAGCCAGAAGAAGAAAUUACGUAAGAAGUGAAGAAGUUGUGAACUCUGACCCUGAGGGGCUUUUCCAUGAACACUGAUAUCAUCGAGGAGUGUGAGACGAGUGUAUCGACAGUGAAACACUAAUCCUCACGGAGUCCUGAUCUGACGAUUUCAUAACUCUGUACAGUGAUUAAUAAAUACUGCUUCUGUUUGCUACUAGUUGGCUUUUUAAUGAAAUCUGAACCAGUUUUAGAGUGUCUUCCUAAAAAUAAAAUGAUUUCAUUGUGA